GCAUGAUCAACUGAGAGUGUCAUUGGAAUUAUUAUAAUUAUUAUUCUUAUCAUUAUUAUUAUUGUUAUUAUUAUUUCAGUUUCGAUUUCUUUUGAAAGUUCGCAGCUUGGGUCACAGUUGCUGGGCCAUCUUGAUCAGUUGGCGUAGAAAGGCUUGUUGCGGCACAGUCGACCGCAGUCAUUCUUUAUCACUUGGAGAUUUUGGAAGUCUGCGUCCAUCAAACCGCGAGAUUUUUUUAUUUAAGGCCCUGCACAACCCGGCCAGAGAUUCAAUUUCAUCGGCAACAUCAGCUUUCCUCUCCGCGACUCAAAUCAGCACUUCCUCUGAGCUCUUAAGCCUCCUUCUCCACUCAAUCUCGAAACCCGUUUGAGCCCUCUGCCACUAUCACAAGUCAAUCUUGCCUGCUGUUCGUCACUGCAUCUUCUCCGCUCACCAUCUGCGUCUAUUUCCAUACCCAGACCACCACCCUCAAGACCCAAUCAUUCAAGAUGUGCUCCCAGUAUUACCUCAAGUUCGACUGCGGCUGCACCGUUGCGGAAGGCGAUGUGGUCUUCUGCGCAAAGCGAGGCACCUCGUGCACCGGAGUGCGAACGCAGAUCCGGCGCCGGGAGGGCUACAACUGCCCUGAGCAUGGUGGCCCUUAGACCCGGACCCCAAUUGUGAGUACUACCACUACCGAAGAUCCACCUGCGCAAGACCCAAGACUACCGGAUCCAACCGUGGAUACACAGAGCAUACUAUGAAACUAACUGCAUGGGUGGCGCAGGCAGACGCCGAGGGAAGCUUAGGGAGGGAGCCUGGCCUGAGCUAGGUACCGGUUUUUUUUGUCACCAUCCUGCAG